AUGGAACACAUUGACUAUGGUCACUCUGAAGCUACAGGUUCUGGAAAACCGGAGAAUGUUCCACCAACUGUUGGUCCAACCACGUCUUCUCAGCCUCCGCAGUCUGUAGAUGACAAUGAUGAUCACCAUAUGUGUCGUGUCUGUCGUGGUGAUGAUGGUCAUCUAUACUACCCAUGUCUUUGUACUGGAAGUAUAAAGUACGUUCAUCAGGAAUGCCUUACAGAGUGGCUGAAAUACAGUAAAAAGGAAGUAUGUGAACUUUGCAACUACAAAUACUCUUUUCAACCUAUCUAUCGACAGGACAUGCCAAAGGCUCUUCCAGUUGCUGAGAUCCUGAAAGGUGUUGCCAUAAAUGCCGCAAGGAUGCUACGAACAUGGCUCGUUUAUACCAUGGUUUUGGUAUCGUGGUUAGGUGUUGUUCCGCUAACGGCGGCAAGAAUCUACCAUGCCGUAUUUUAUUUAUCUAUGCAAGAAAUAUUAAUUUUGCCUAUCAGUAUAUUUCGCACGGAGCACAUCUUUCCUGAUGUCUUCAAGGGUUGCUUUCUGCUUAUAAUUUUUAUCUGUACGUUCAUCUCGUUAGUUUGGCUACGGGAACAGAUCAUCCAUGGAGGCCCCCACGAUUUUCUUAACAUCGAACGAGGGGAAGCUGCUCAGAAUGGCGCGGCGGAUGGUGAACGUCUUCCUGAUGCUGAAAACGGCGAAGAAGGAACAGACGAUAGUGGACAUGAACAAGACGACGGGGAUUUAGAAGAAAACGAUGUCGGAGACGAAGAAGAAUUGGAACAAAUCGAAGCCGGAAUACAUGUAGAGAAUAAUGAGGAGCUGCAAAAUCUUGGUGCAGAGGAACAUCACAGAGUUGGUCGCGCAGAAUUACUAGACUUUCAACAACCAAGGGAUGGGGAGCAGCCAGGUGUGGAUGUCCCACCUGUUGAGGACAACUGGCGAGAUUUGGACAGACUCGGUGACGAGCUCACAUGGCAGAGACUACUGGGAUUAGAUGGCUCUCUCGUUUUUUUGGAACGUGUAGUUUGGGUGAUCUCACUGGACACCCUGUUUACGAUAAUGUUUGCUUAUGCUCCUUACAAACUGGGCUUCUACAUACUCAAUAAAUGCGGAGUGCAACAGUCUAUCUAUUACUUUCCAUCAAUCGCGGCCAUCCUGACGGGAUACGUUGCAGUCACGGCAAUUAUUUAUGUGCUACACUACUUUGUUGGCUUGUUGCGCUUGGAAAGUCUUUAUCGCAUACUGGGGAUUUGUUUUCUUGUUCUGAAGGUGUUUCUGCUUGUACUAAUCGAAAUAGGAUUCUUUCCUAUUAUCUGCGGUUGCUGGAUGGACUUAUGCUCUCUAAAACUUUUCUCUGCUUCGUUGUCUUCACGCGCGUCGUCAUUCGCAGCUUCACCCACAUCUUCCGUAUUUAUUCAUUGGAUGAUCGGCAUGGUGUAUGUGUUUUAUUUUGCAUCGUUCGUUUUAUUACUUCGCGAAGUUUUACGUCCCGGAGUUCUUUGGUUUAUGCGAAAUCUUAACGAUCCUGAAUUCAAUCCAAUUCAAGAGAUGAUAGAACUACCCGUUACUCGUCAUUUGCGUCGUCUUGUUGCUUCUACGUCGUUGUGCUUUACUACAAUUUUUCUCAUCGUCUACCUUCCUCUCGUGAUUGUACAGAAGCUUUAUCCGUCAUUAUUACCCUACAACAUGAGUCUUUCUGCUGAUACGCCACUUAGUGAACUUUCACUCGAACUUCUGAUUCUCCAGGUGGUUCUUCCUGCUUUACUCGAACAAACACAGGCGCGUUUUUUGCUAAAGACGAUGGUGACGUGGUGGUGUGUAAAUGUCGGUGGUGCAUUGAGCUUAGACAGGUAUCUUUUGCCCGAUUUGCCAAAUCCAGAACACCAACAUGAUGGUGCUGGUGCCCAAGGUGUAGGAGGCUUAGCUGCAGAACAUCAGGCUUUGCUGCUCCUUCGUGAACCGCAAGCUUUUCAGCCGUACAUCCGGCCUCGAUUCUUUCCACUACGUGUGCUGCUCCUCUUGGGAGUCAUGGCGAUCACAUGUUGUUUCACCAGUUGUUUACUAUUUCUCGUACCAGUGAUAGUAGGACGAACCAUCAUACACAAUCUCACAGGAUAUUCCAACGUCCACGAACUCUACACUGUGGGAGCAGGCCUGUAUGUAUGCUGGAUGUCUGUCAAAAUGGGUUUGCUCUCCUUACAUUGGUUCCAUCUUGGACUGAAUCAUUUGAAGGAAGCUUUUGUCAAUUCUUUAUAUCUGACUCUGCGACUACUGGUUAUUUGCAUCCCUAUCGUUUUUGUAAUUCCUAUGCUUAUGGGUACAUAUUUUCAACUUGUAGUUAUCACACCGCUACGAUUGUCUUAUCAUCAGACUGCACUUGUAUUUCUUUGGCAAGAUUGGGCGAUGGGCGUUCUACAUAUGAAAAUCGCUUGUGGAGCUGUUAUGAUGGGACCAGAAUGGUGGAUGCGACAAGCAUUUGACCAGAUCUACCAGGAUGGGAUCCGCAACCUUCGGACCCGCUUUAUAUUAUCGCAACUAGUCAUUCCAGUGAUUCUUUUCCUUAGUUCGUUGCUGGCUUUUCCCUAUUUGAUAGCACGAGCAUAUAUUUUUAUAACCAGUGCUCCACUCGAAGAUAGUGUCAUUGUGCUGCGAUACUGCUUUCCGAGCAGUUUGAUCAUACUUCUGGUUGUGUGCUUUCUACGAUGGCAAUUGAACAAGAUUCAAGGAUUAGCAGAAAACAUUAGAAAUGAAAAGUACCUUGUUGGAACGAGACUGGUGAACUAUGAACGCAAUGAGAUGUCUCCCUCUUCUUCAGAAGCUGCGAUCUCCUCGUAG